UGAAGUCGUACACGUGAAUAUGCGUUUAUGUUUUGUCUCCGUGUUCUUUGCUGCGUUUACUUUGCAUGAGACAUUGCAAAGAGAAAACAAUAAUGUAGACAAAACAGAUAAAAAGACGACCCCAGUGUGUGUUAAUGGCAUUCUGGUUGACAGUUCAUGUGAGUGUCCUGCGGGUUUUAUUGGUGAAACUUGCGAAGAUUAUGACUAUAAACUGGUACUUGAAAAAUCAUUACUAUUUUAUGAAACUCAAAGAUCGGGAUGUCUACCUCCUAUGAGGAAAAGGUGCCGAAAACGGAAGAAGGGGUAUCGAUAUCAACCCAACAGAAUACCUUACCGCGAUGACUCGGCCACUGGUGAUGUCGAUAACCUUGGCCGCGAUCUUACCGGAGGUUACUAUGAUGCUGGCGACCAUGUGAAAGUCACAGCGACGAUAGCGUACAGUAUGACCGUCAUCGCAUGGGGUUUGAUUCACUUCAUGGAUGCUUAUAUUUCUGCUGGUCAGUACACAUAUGCCUUGGACUGCAUCAGAUGGGGAACUGACUAUCUAUUGAAAGUGAGGACUGAAGAUGACCUGAUCGUUCUUGUCGGAGAUUUUACGCUAGACCAUGAAUUCUGGGGACGUCCUGAGGACAUGACUAUGUUGAGACCUGCUUGUCAUGCGUCUUACAAUGACGAUCGCCCUACAUCAGAGGCGAUGCUUACUUCAGCGGCACUGUCAGCAGCGAGUAUUGUUUUCAAAGAAAUUGGUAAAGUAUGGCGUCGACUGGGGAAGAUUUAUGUAAUACUCCUCAUGGCAACUGACUAUACCUUCACCGUGUACGCCAUUUUGACGUCACAGAAGAGCUUCGUCAGUGGAGGGCGCUACUUAAAAUAUGAUCUACUUGCUCGCCAUGAAUACUAUGUACACAAUACCCGAUACUCGAACAAUUUACUUUCAAAAGCGAAAUCAGUGUACGAGAAGUUUGAAGAAACCCCUGGUUUAUUCGAAGGGCCAUGCCUUGAUCACUAUACAUUUCCCAGAUACACAGACAAGGUAGUAUGGGCCGAAGCUUGGUAUUACAAGUCGUCGAAUAAUGAAACCUUCAGGAGUAAGGCUGAAGCUCAUUAUAUUCAAUGGGGCCUGGAAAACACCCUUGUACCGUUUGCUUGGAAUGACGUUCGAGCCGGAACUCAGCUUUUAAUGUAUAAUGUGACUGGAGAAAAAGAGUAUGCGGUUGAUUUUAAGACAUACUUGAACGAUUGGUUACCUGGUCAUGAAGUUGAUUACACACCAUUAGGUUUAGCUCAUGGCGAUAAUUGGGCACCACUCAGAAUGGCAGCAAACCAGGCAUUCUUAGCUCUACUCGCAAAUAAUCUCGGUGUUGGACCAAAAACCUACACAGAGUUUGCUGAAAGUCAAAUUGGUUAUAUGCUUGGAGACACGGGAAGAAGCUUCGUAACAAACUUUGGAGUAAAUCCCCCCGUCAGACCGCAUCAUAGAAGCAGUUCCUGCCCUUCAGAGCCAGACAGUUGUGGCUGGGCUUUCUUGACUGCAACAGAACCAAAUAUUCAGACCUUAGAAGGAGGCCUUGUUGGUGGCCCUCUAAUUGAUGACUCUUAUACAGAUGAUCGUCAAGACUACCGGGCGAAUGAAGUGGCGAUUGACUACAAUGCUGGAUUUCAGUCUGCAAUUGCAGAUUAUGACUAUAAACUGGUACUUGAAAAAUCUUUACUAUUUUAUGAAACUCAAAGAUCGGGAUAUCUACCCCCGGCGAACAAAAAUGACCGAAGAAAGUAUCAAUAUGAGAACAGAAUACCCUACCGCGAUGACUCAGCCACUGGUGAUGUUAAUAAUCGUGGCGGUGAUAUGACCGGAGGCUACUAUGAUGAUUUCCAACUUUUCAUCCAUUUAUGCAAAAGAGAUGCUUAUAUUUCGGCUGCUCAGUACAAAUACGCCUUGGACUGCAUCAGAUGGGGGACUGACUAUCUAUUGAAAGUGAAGAAUAAAAAUGACCUGAUCGUUCUUCUCGGAGAUUUUACGCUAGACCGCCAAUUCUGGGGACGUCCUGAAGACAUGACUAUGCCGAGACCUGCUUGUCAUGCUUCUUUCAGAUAUGAUCACCCAACAGCAGAGGCGAUGCUUACUUCAUCGGCACUAUUUUCAAGAUAUAAAGACAAGGUAGUAUGGGCCGAAGCUUGGUAUUACAACUCGUCGAAUAAUGACGCCUUCAAGGGUAAGGCUGUAGUUCACUAUAGCCAAUGGCGCCUAGAUUCUAGCGUUGAACCGUUUGCUCGGAAUGAUGUUGGAGCCGGGGCUCAGCUUUUAAUGUAUGAUGUGACCCAAGAAAAUGAAUAUGCAAAUAACUUCAAGAAAUACUUGAACGACUGGCUACCUGGUCGUACAGUUCCGUACACACCAUUGGGUUUAGCUUAUUACAAGGAGUUGUCACCACUCAUUCUGGCAGAGUUUGCUAAAAGUCAAAUUGGUUAUAUGCUAGGAGACACAGGAAGAAGCUUCACAAACUUUGGAGUAAAUCCUCCUCUCAGACCGCACCAUAGAAGCAGGUUGAUAUUUUGUGGUAAACACAAAACCGUCAAGCCGUUGGCGUUCAUUUAA